AUGGCUUGUCGUUUUAUUGAAGCAGACGACGAAUUAAUUGAACUUUUGAAAUGCGAAAGUGAAAACAAAAACACAAAACGAAGCACAGGCUAUUGGAAAGGAAUUUUUGAAAAGUGGGCGAAAACUAGGGGAAAGGAGGAACAGCUAGAAAGCUACGACAUCCCAGAAUUGAACGAAGCCCUUUCGCAAUUCUACGCUGAGCUGAGAAAAGAAAACGGCCAAGACUACGAGCCAGACUCGCUAAAGGUGAUGCAGGCGGCUUUAGAUCGACAUUUAAGAAGCAAAAAUUAUCCAAAGUCUAUCGUGAGGGAUACAGAGUUCCUGUCUUCGAGGAAAGUCUUGGAAGGGAAGGCGAGAAAGCUGCGCGAACAAGGGAUGGGAAAACAAAGCAAAAAGCAAAACAAAGCAACAAAGCAAAAAGCCUGA